GCGCCCUGUGCAGGAUGCGUCUUUUCCCGGCAUCGUCGUCAUCAUCCGCUUCUUCUCCCGCCAAGUGACUCCCGGCUUUGUGUCCUCCCCAAACGAGCGGCAGGCAGAAAGCGAAUAACAUCUGCUUAUCUGCGCCGCUCUAUGUUCCCACGGCAAGUGAGAGAAGAAGUGCUGAGAUUGGGAGCGGCGCCAAGGCAGCAGAGGCGUGAUGCGGGAUUAAGGAGCGGAGGAUCGGGAUUAAGGAGCACGGCGGCAUCCCCUGAGGUUUUCCCGGACACGUGGGCCGCACCUUCAGAUCACAGCGCCGGGUCAUGACCCAGUUGCCAUGCGCAUCGCCACGCUGACCUGCCUUCCCGGCCCUUUUUCCCCCUUCCUCUUUGCGUCGCUGUACUUCCUGUCGGUGGCCGUGGUGGCGGUCACCUCAUCCUCGUCCUCGUCGUCCUCGUGCCCAGACCACUGCACCUGCUCCAACCAGGCCAGCCGCGUCAUCUGCACCCGUCAGAGCCUGGACGACGUGCCCGACAGCAUCUCCGUCAACACCAGAUACCUCAACCUGCAGGAGAACGCCAUACAGGUCAUCAAGUCGGACACCUUCAAGCACCUACGGCACCUGGAGAUCCUCCAGCUCUCCAAGAACCAGAUCCGUCAGAUCGAAGUGGGUGCGUUCAAUGGCCUCCCCAACCUCAACACUCUGGAGCUUUUUGACAACCGCCUCACACUGGUGCCGUCGCAUGCCUUCGAGUACCUCAGCAAGCUGCGCGAGCUGUGGCUGCGCAACAACCCCAUCGAGACGCUGCCGGGCUACGCCUUCCACCGAGUGCCCUCAUUGCGCCGGCUUGACCUGGGUGAGCUCAAGAAGCUGGACUUCAUCUCUGAUGCCGCCUUCGUAGGCCUGGUCAACCUGCGUUACCUGAACUUGGGCAUGUGCGGACUUAAGGACAUUCCCAAGUUGACGGCCCUAGUGCGGCUGGAGGAGCUUGAGCUGUCUGGGAACAGGCUGGAGAUCAUUCGGCCCGGCUCCUUCCAGGGUUUGGUUUCACUCCGGAAGCUGUGGCUCAUGCACUCGCAGGUGUCGGUCAUUGAGCGCAAUGCCUUCGACGAUUUGAAGAGCCUGGAGGAGCUCAACCUGUCCCAUAAUUCCUUACACUCGCUACCCCACGAUCUUUUCACGCCGCUGCACCAUCUGGAACGGGUGCACCUGAACCACAAUCCGUGGGUGUGCAACUGCGAUGUGCUUUGGCUCAGCUGGUGGCUGAAGGAGACGGUGCCCAGCAAUACCACCUGCUGCGCCCGCUGCCAUGCCCCCCCCUUCCUCAAAGGCAAAUACAUCGGUGAGCUGGACCAGAGCCACUUCACCUGCUACGCACCCGUCAUCGUGGAGCCGCCCACUGACCUCAAUGUCACCGAGGGCAUGGCAGCUGAGCUCAAGUGCCGCACCAGUACCUCCACCACCUCGGUCAACUGGAUCACACCCAACGGUACUCUGAUGACCCAUGGCUCGUACCGGGUGCGGAUUUCAGUGCUGCACGACGGCACGCUUAACUUCACCAACGUCACCCUGCGAGAUACGGGCCAGUACACCUGCAUGGUUACCAACGCGGCUGGAAACACCACGGCCACCGCCGUUCUUAACGUCACUGCUGCCGAUGUCAGCGUCAACUACACCUACUUCACUACAGUCACUGUGGAAACCGUGGAGACUCCAGGAGAAGAAGAAUCAGCUCUGGUGGCCAUCAAUGAGACCUUCAUCCGAGUCCUCCCAGGACCAACCCCCUCGGCGCAUCUGUGGCCAGACGGCGUCACGACUACGGCCUCCUCGCUGUCCAUCGACUGGUCCUCGUCGUCCUCGCCCCAUGCCACCCGGCCCACCUUCACUGUGCCCAUCACAGAGCCGGGCUUCUCUGGCCUGGACGAUGUAAUGAAGACCACCAAGAUCAUCAUCGGCUGCUUUGUGGCCAUCACCUUCAUGGCGGCGGUGAUGUUGGUGGUCUUUUACAAGCUAAGGAAGCAGCACCAGCUCCACAAGCACCAUGGACCUGCCCGGGCCAUCGAGAUCAUCAACGUGGAGGACGAGCUGGGCGGAGGGGCAGGCGGCCGGAGUGGCGGCGGAGGGGGCAUCUCAGGGGGCUGCGCCUUGGCACAAAGCAGCGGAAUCGGGGGCGGCCAGAGCCUGAGGCGGCACCACUCGGAUGUGGUCUCCCUGCCCCACCUGACCCGCUCGGAGCACCUCAACUACUACAAGACUCACCACUUCAGCAACAACAUGGUGGGCCUGGGAAUGGGCGUCAACAACAACAACAACCCACUGCCCUGCUCCCAGAACAUGACCAUGUCCUGUUCCCAGGUGCCCAGCUCCAUGGGCGGCGGCCUGGGGACCUGCGGAACUCUGCCCACCCCUGUCCCGCUGCCUCAGCUGAGUCUACACAGCUCCCUCAAGGGCCUCAUGGCCAAGGGGCAGAACGAGCCUCUGCUUUUUAAGAGUGGCUCCAAGGAGAACGUACAAGAGACUCAAAUCUGAGGGAACCUUCUACACCCCCCUGUUGCCCCCCGUCAUUGCGGAAGUAGGAGAUGCCGCCUCAUCGAGCACACGCUCCCACCCACAUUCAGGUGACAAGCAGCUCUAGUUUUUGCCAAAGUCCCAAGUCGAGCCCACCGAUCGAACGCUGCAUCGUUUGUGGAUUAUUUCUACGGACCGGCUGGGUGGUCGGAAUAAUGGGAUGUGUCUCCACGUGGCUUCACGGACAAACCAGAGCUAUAAAAAAAAAAAGAUGAGAAAAAAAGAACAAAGUACUUGAUAUUAUUAUCUAUAAACGGUAAAUAUAUUUUCACUGGAAGAAAUAAAUUAUCAAGAAUCUUUACUGAGCAACCGACAUAGAACGUGUGAAGAAUAUAUUUAAACAAUAUAAAAAAAAAUUAAAAAAUCAUUGUCCUUGUGGCCCGCCUUCCAAGAUGGCCGCCGAGUGAAUCUAUUUUCUUUUUCAAGCCGGGCCCAUUU